CCGUCCUCUGCCCGCUAUAACUCCGACCUUGGGAACAAAAGCCCAGGUCAAAAACACUUGUCUCGGCUGACGAUUGAAGCUUUGAGAGACCCCCCCGCGCGCAGGGGGGCAAAUAUAUACAUAUCAAAACGGCAUAGUAUAACCUUGGAGCAAAGCUCAGGUAUACAUAACAACAUGCCGCGUGGAUCUGGGAGAACCGAAAUACCGGCGAGCCAACGGAAGCCAAAAAACCCCAGAACGGAGCCCAAGCGAGACACAGUCAAGAAAAGCACAUAUUGCUAUUCUCGCCAGAACAUCAUUCAGAGGAUGGGCCGGUCAAUAUUACGGGGUGGUUACCGAAUUGCUAGAAAGCAAUGGCUCGAUAGAUGCUCGCGUGUCUCGGACAUGGCCAUUACUCAAGAAGAGUAUCCGGACACCGAUGUCAUCAUGGAAGAUGCGCCAAUGUUGGCGCAUACAGUCUCCUCACUUGCUCAGGUUGCCGACGAUUACGAUUGGAACAUCGUCGUAGAGGAACUGUGUUAUAUGAUGGCGGCACUAACAAUUGCCAGCCAUACAGAAGAAGCACCUGAGCCGCAGUACAUCGAACUCGUGAGACGACCUCCACCAAUUAGCCGACUCCCGACGACUCCUAGACAGGAGAAAGAGAUCCGAUUGUAUCUCGACCAAAUUGCACAUUCCCGGGACGUCAAAAAGGCUAAGGAGCGUCGCUCAAGACACAAAGUCGCCCACCUGGGCAGUCUCAUGGACGGGACCGUCCAGCGUCUGAGAAACGCCGGCAUCUCAGACGAAGAAAUCUUCGACGACGUUGACGAACGCGCCGAAAAAGAAGAUGGACGGAUCGAGUACUGCGUUAACGACGUCUACCACCACAAGACAAGCGCACAUGUUCAACAUGUUGAAGACGUCCGAUCUCAGCAACAGAGCGAGAUCAUCUAUUACUGCAAGCCUCGGGAUCCGACUGAAAACAUCACACCCAAGCGGAUCGACCCGAGUGCGCAGUGUCCUUUACCAGCAAUCUGGAAGGACCAUCUCCUUGCAGCGCACAUCCCGAUGCGCAUGAAGUGCAAGGAAAGUACGCCUCUUUUCAAGCAAAUCAUGACGAAAAAACUUCAUGAUAGUGCGUACACCGAUUCGUGGAAAGUUAUCGACUGCCGCGAUCGGGUUUUCGGUGGUGUCUGAUCAAAACACAUCCAAGGGGGCCCCUGGAUGGACGACACAUACACCUAUAUUGGCUAUAUAUAGCCCUUUAAAAGUCUACGGACUAUAAAAGACACCUGUCAAACGGACGACCGACGCAUCGGGAAUCAUACAUGCCUCCGAUAUCAAGCAAACAUACCUCGUUUCGUGGAGAGCAUAGCGUCUAAGACGCAGCGUCAUCAUACACAAA